CGCGGAAAUCGCGAAUUCCGUCUUUUUUUUGCAACGAAAUUCGCUAUUCAUGCACCUACGAAUCCAACUGGUGCACAACGUUUUUCACCGCUGGCUUGCUCUUCAUCGCUGCAAAUCGUAUGAUUUUUUAAUGAGAGGACAAAGCCUUUUACGAAUGUGUCUUGAAGAUUCAAUGCCGAAUGAGCUGGAAAGUUGAAACCGUUUGCGAAUCUUGUGUAAAAUGACGGGAGAAUUUUAUAACCUCAUUCAAUAUUCAUAAAUUUCCUGCUUGUUUGCUUUGACUUCGUCGCAAAAUGACCGACGACCUACACAAUUUCUUUUUCUACGCCAACACUUGUCACGUUUGCAAGUCCAGCGGAAACGAAUCACCUAUCAGAAAAUGCAGCAACUGCAAGAUGAUUUCGUACUGCAGCAAAGAACACCAAAAGCAGCACUGGCUUCAACACAAAAAUAUAUGCCGCGUCUUGGCAGAAAUGCUCGACGAACAUGACAAAUCGAAUCUGUUGGAAGGUUUGCGAAAUGUCAGUAUGGAAGAGUGGGUCAAAGCAAAGAUGAAUCUGAUGCUGAUGGCAAGCUUGAAGCUCAAACGAAAGCUGCUGCCCUAUGAAGAGGAGAUGUUCAAGUUUCCCAAAGCUUGCGUUGUCUGCCAUGAAGUAAAUUCAAAAUCAAUGACCGAUUGCCAAAUGUGCCCUUGCGCGAGCUUCUGCGCAGAGCAUCAGAAUGAUCCGGGCCAUGCUAAAAUUUGUGAUAUGCUGAAUCUAUGCUAUGAUUUGGAUAUUGCGUCCACUGUUUUCAUAAGGAAUCCACCAAGAAAUGUUGUACCUUAUCACACGGAGAUGGCUUACUUGCCAACUUCCAUAAAUGGCUUUAUCGAUUUAUAUGUCAAUGAAGACAAGUCAGCCCUUGUAUCCAGUGAUAUACAGAAGCCUCAUAUAUCAGAGUAUCUCACGAGAUCUUUGACUUUGCUCCAUGCAAUGGAGAGAUUAGAGUAUACAACUGGUUCUGAAAUGACUCUACAUAUUAUAGGAGCAAAUAUGAUUGAAGUUGAUGGGAUAGAAUUGUGGGAAACACUGUUGCAUUGGCUACCAUCUUUGACCAAACUAAAUUUAGUUUUAGUCGGUCCAGAACUUGAUAGCAAUAAUGAGAAGACAGAGUGUAACAUUUGUGAUUGUUGCGUCGAGAAGGGAAUGAAACUCUACCUCGAAACACAUGGCAUUUUGUACAAGGAUUAUGUUAAUAGUAAUAGUUUCGUUAAACCUGAUAUUAUAGUAGGAUAUAAUUUAGGAAUCCAUGAAUGUGAGAAUAUUGAUUCAGACAUGGAUUCAUGGUCCCAAUCUAUACGAAUUUUGCCUGAACAAAAAUGUCCAUUUGUCUUGACAUCAUAUACAUCUGAAGAGGCUGAAAAAGAACACAAAAGGCUGUGCGAUAUUUUGCAGAGAAAAGUGACUUGGUUAUGCUGUGAAAAAAAUCCCUUUUCUAGCUUGAGGCCUCAUAGAGAUUAUGAAACUGAAGGUGUUUAUUAUCAAAAUCAGUACAUAAUUAUCUAUAGAGACCUGGACUGAUCAAUUAAAAAAUUCGUGUUUUGAAUGUGAUUUCUGUGUGAUAUCCAGUUUUCUCUCUUGAAUGUAACCAAGUCUUGAAAUAUUCAAGCAUUCAAGCAAUGAUCCAUAUUGAAGUAUUAUUGAUAAUUACUAAUGGGUUGCAGUACUAUUAAAUAGUUAUUUGGUUUUAUUAUAACAUUUAUUAAAAGACCACGCACUUGCUCGUCUAUAGGCAACACACAAGUCAAUAUAUAAAUAAGAAUAUGAUAUAUUUAAUAAUUGUCUAGCAUAUUUUUCAGUAUUCAUAUGAAUAUACACCAUCCAAGUUGUAAGAUAGAAGCUCAUAGUUUUUACACCAUGUUUCAAUCAUAGAUUGAACACCAAGUCUAUUUACAGUUUUUUAAUAGUUGUUGUAAUAAAAGUAAAAAAACAACAAAAAUAUUGUUAUAACUAGAAUCUUGCAGCUCAAGUCUUGUUAAAUAAUUUUUAUAUGAAUUUUACAGUAUUUAAAUAGUAAUUAUCAAUAGUUUAUCUUCAGAGUUAUAGAAACUAAAAUUAUCAAUAGUUUAGUCGUGAAAAAUUUUGUAAACAAGGUCAUACAUUUAUCAGGUUUAGUUGUCCUUUUCGAAAAAUGUAUUUUUAGUUAAAAUCGUUUAUUUGUUAAAAAAAGACAAUUAUUUCCACUUAAAAUAGCUUGCAAGAGACAAAUUAAUGCAUGACCUUGUAAUUUUUUAAAUAGUCUUUUAAUAAACAUGCAAUUUGUAAUUUAGACAUAUAUAUCAUGCAUAUUAUAUCUGCCAAUACCGUACAAAAAAAUUAAUAAUUCCGUCAAGUACAAAAUCAAUUUAGCUAUAAUUUUAUAAAGUAGUCUUACCUUUAAACCUUGAAGCGCAAGUUCCACUUCUCGUAUCUAUGUAAAUAGCUCUUCCAUCUAAACCGCCGUAACAUUUGUUCAAUUGCACUGAAAUGCAAAGUUGCAUGCUGGAAAGUAUUUUUGUUGAAUCAAGAUUUAAUGUAUAAGAAUUCAUUGAAAUAAAUGUAAAAGCAUUGAUUGUUAAUUAAUGCACUGCCAUGUUUAAAAUUA